AAGUGGCCAGUGCUCACACUACAAGCCUGAAUGGUGAGGAGGAGGAGGGAGCAAUUGGUGGGGAGGUGAUUCCCUACAAGAAGCUGGUGCAGAGUCUGGAGAAGGCCGUCAAUAGAUUCCAGGAUGGAUCAUGCAGCAACUGUGCCUCUCUCUCUUGGUGAGUGACCCCAUCGAGCCACCACCCAAGGAAGCCCCUCCAAAGGCCACAGAGGAGGAAGGCAGUGUUGUCAUUCUGGAUGCCAAGCUGUUCUACAAGCAGCAGGAGAAGGAGGUGGCAGAGAAGAUCAAGGAGAGCCUGGCAGUGACUGAGUAUGCCAAGCCAUCCAGUGCAUUGGUGCUGAGUGGUGUGUCCAGCAGUGUGGUGCAGUACACAGUGUUUGAAAUGCAGCUGUCCUUUACUGUGCUGGAUACAGAGGGUGCACCCACCAGUGACCUGGGCCACAAGAGUGAUCCCUCGCAGGUCACGGCAAGUCUCUUGGGAGGUCCGCCAGGUGCCAUCGUCAUGGGCACCACAACAGUUCCCAACAGGAAUGGCACUGCCAUCUUCACCAACCUGUCUGUCAGCAAGCCCGGGGAAGGCUACAACCUCAUUUUCACCAUUACCUACCCCAGCUAUGCUCCAGCCCUCACCACCACCCUGGAGGGGACAUUCAGCUUGACACAGAUGAGUGCAGCAAUGGUCCUGCAGCAGCCCAGCAUAGUGCAGGCCGGACAACCCACCACCAUCACUGUUCACUUUGUUGACAAGGACUCUGGCUUGGUGCUUAAUGGCCUGGCUUUCAAGGACUGGUGGUGUAUCCCUCACAUCUGGUCAUCAAGGAGUACCCCAUGGUCAAGUCCUUGCACACCGAUCCGUUCUGAUGGAAGCAGUUGGAGGGUGUGGAGGAUGUGGUGAGAAGGACUGUCCUUAUCGCCCAUCCGUUAUAUCCUUCAGUAUCUUCUUUUCUUCACCUGCACUGUGUUUUUUCCUCUUGCAUCCUUCAGUAAUAUUGUUUUCUUCAUGCCUCCUGUGUUCUUUUUGCUUCUGUUUUAUCCUUCAUUAUACCUUUCUGUUAUAUCCUUCAGUGAUAUCCUUUUUCUCCUCCUGCAGUGUAUUCUUUUUCCCUCUUAUCAUAUCAUGUAUCCUUCAAUGAUAUCUUUUCUUCAUCUUUGCUGUAUUCUUUUUCCUCUACCUUAUCCUUCAUUAUCCAUUUCUUCAUUCAUCCUGUAUUCCUCUUUCUUCUUUCUUUAAUGCACACUUUCCUCCACACACACAAUUUAAACCUUUCUAUCAUGCAUAGUUACCCUCACCCCCUCCUUGCUCCACGCACGCGCGCGCACACACACACACACACACACACACACACACACACACACUUGUCUAUCUCUCUUGAAAUCAAGUCAUUGUUGUGUCUUGGAGGGAAUAAGAGUGUGUUUGUGACUAUCUAUCUAUCUAUCUAUUUGUUUAAAUAAAGUUGUUGGUAGCAUCUGAGGGAAUGAGAGGAGUGUGAGCUCAGUAUGAUGUGCAAGGAGUUUAUGGAUGUUUUAACGUUUUGUAAUUUAAGUAUUUAUUAGUGUGCAUAUCUUUUUUUUGCAUGCAAGAUUUUAAUACCUUACUUUAUCAUUUUGUCUGCAUCUAACAUACAGUCUCUCUCUCUCUCUCUCUCUCUCUCUCU